CAAUAACACGUCACGUGACAGCAUGGCGCUCUUAAAAGCGCUGCAGUGCUCAGCUCACCUCGUUCGGUCUCGCCACGCUUGGACUGACUCACUGACGAGGUAAUCCAAGAUGUAUUUCGUCUUUCUUUUCGGGCUGCUGGGGUUGGCCUCCAGUUUACCUUGUGAUACUUCUGGAUCCAACCAUGAGCUGCUGGUUUCACUAAAUAAAGAUCUUCUGCGCUCUCUGGAGGAACAGGAAGGACUUCCUAAUCCCAGUGUCCACUUGGCAUUACGACUGUCAGAAUUCCACAAUCUUUUAAAAGAGGGCGAACACUUAAAUAGACUUACAAAUCAUUUACACAAUGACAUUCAAAGCUUCCUCUCUGGCAACCAGCCCGUGACUGGCCGCUUGGCAUUAUACGCGCUGGCCUUGAAGUCGUCUUGCUAUGACCUCAACACAAUCUCCUUCACUGUUGGUGACAAGAGUGAGACGCUGCUGAUGCACCUCAAGAAGCAGAUGGAACAAGAGAAAGAAUACUUUACCUUCAGUCAACGGCCUUUGACCAACUACUACCAGUACUCGCUGGGUGUGCUCGCUCUGUGUGUGAACGGCAUCAGGGUCAACAACCACGUCGUCAACAAACUCAUCAAGGCAGUCGAAAAUGAACACUUCAAAUAUGGAGACAUUGAGAGCAUUGAUACCUAUGCCAUGGCUGCAAUGGCCCUCCAGUGUGUGAAGAAUGCUGGUUGCGCUGUGAAGAAAAGUGGUUGCAAUAUUCACAAUGGUGCCGAGCUUGACGCGGCCCUGAGCAAAAUCAAGGAGAAGCUCUUGGCAUCGCAACGGCCCGACGGUCAUAUUGGCAAUGAGUUCAGCACUGGCCUCGCCGUACAAGCUUUACUGGCAAUGGGCAGCCCGGUGUGGGAGUGUGCCACUUCAAUGGAGGCCAUGAGGAGAGAUGCUAGAGGCAACAAAUACCACAACCCCAUGGCCAUCUCUCAGGUCCUGCCAGCUCUGCAGCAGAAAUCCUACUUGACAGUCCAAAGCAAGGACUGCCACAAUGAAGACAACACGCUGGUUGUUGAGCCCACCGACCCUGUGGUCGUUUUGCCCAGUAAGUUCAAAGUGACCGUGACGGUGGAGGUGGUGACAUCCAGUGGGACAUCCACUGUGUAUUCACUGGAUGUGCCCAAGGGAAGCUCUCUGCUGGAGGCCCUCAAACUCCUUAAAGAAAAAAAUGUUGGCUUCACGUUUGAGAAGGAGUCAAGCCUGUGGGGACCAUUCUUAAGUGUGGUGAAUGGAGAGCGGGCCAGACAGAGCGAUCGCAGAUAUUGGCACCUCUCCUCUGAUGGCACUGGGCUCACUGAAGGUAUCAGCGAUUUCAAACUGGAUGUGAAUCAAAAGAUCACGGUCAAAAACACAAGCUACUAAUGGUGCCAAUGGUGUUAUUCAACAGUGAUCAAUUUUAAUUUUUUUCUCCUCUGCCAUUAAAAUCAUGUGAAUAAAUAUUUGAAUGGUU